CUUCGCAGUUGCAAGUUGCAAGCAACAUAGCUACAUCGUUAAACCACGAAUUAAGUUACCAAGACGAGAGCACACUUGAUGGCAGAAAGAUGCCCCACGGUUCAGAAGAUCCCCGCAAGAAGUUUAUCCUGACCACAACAGGAAAUUUCUAUGGAGUAAAGCCUUCAUCAUCCCUGAAUGAAAGCCCAGAGCUGAAUAACUUCCUGGAUGAUGGAAAUGAAUUUGUCCUGUCUGUCAGCAGACAUGCCAAUGAUCUCCAGUUGUCAAAUAAGAUAGAAACACUGGGUAACAGCCAUGAGAAAGUUUUGGUGUUCUUCAAGCUUCAUCCAACAGUGAUCACUGAGGAUAAUCUUCAUCAUAUAGUCCUGGUGUCAUCCAUGCUAGAGUCUCCCAUCAACACCCUCUAUCAGGCUGUUAAACAGGUGUUUGCACCUGUGCUGCUAAAGGAUGAACACUGGCGUUCAUCAUUUGACCCUAAGUUGGCUGGCUUGCUGAGUGAGCUGGAACUGGGCCUUGGCUCUGUUGUUCGCCAAUGUGGAGCCCAACCUUCUGCUAAAAAGGGCCACAGGGAGGAUGACGUCCUGGGUAUCCUAACUCCCAGUGAUGAGUUCCAGUUUUGGGCAGAUCUCUCUGAGUCUGCUGAGAUGAGCAGCAUGAGAGAAAAAGAAAGGGCAACAUACUUCUAUGAGCAGUUCAAGCUCAUACAAAAGGAAUAUGGUGGUAUUGACAGCUUGACCAUGUUGGAUGUUUUGGACCUGGUGGAACAGAGCAGAGACACUCUCGAUGACAUUUGGAGGCAAACAGAUUUUGAGCCUUUUCUGGAGACUCGCAUGGUCCGACUCAUGGAUGUUAUCGGUGGAGCCUUGGGAAGAUACGUCCAGAGGAAGCUGAGUGGUCUUAAGAUUUUUGAGGAGCCAUUUGCAAUGGUGGGAGAAAAUAUCAGAACAGGAGUCUCCAUCUGUGAGCAGUGGGUGGCAGUCUGUGAGCAUUUGACUGGACAGGUUUGGAAAAGACAUGCUCCACAUCCCUGGAAGGGAAACAAACUCUGCCCACAAACUGUUCACUGUCUUGGCCAAAGACUGAACGAGGUGGUGACUCUGCGUAUAGUUCAUGAGAAACUGCUGUGCUUGCUGCCAGGAGGAAAGCAGCAGGCUCUGACUUUAGAUCGUGUGUUUGAACCUUUCUCUGGACUCAACCCUUUGCAUUACAACCCUUAUACAGAGCCUCUUUGGAGAGCAGCAGUGACUCAGUUUGAGCGGCUAAUAGCUCCGUCAGAGCGGGAAGUGGCCAGUCGACUGAAGAGUUACAUUGCUGAUGUGCAGGACAACCCACAACAGCUACUGCAGGUGUUCCAGAAACAUAAGCAGUUGAUCAGACGUCCCACUAUCAGCAAAGAGCUGCAGUCAGAGAGAGAGACUCUACUGGCCAGACUACUAGAUUACAACAAGGGCUUGAAGAGUGACUUUGAAAACCGUUGCCAUGGAGAACCUGGAGACAAGUCUGGCCCACUCAUUGGCAGGAACCUUCCUGAGGUGGUCAACAAAAUAGUUUGGGUGCGACAGCUCUUCCAAAAGGUGGAAGACUCUGUCCGCAUUGCAGAGGCCCUGCUUUCAGAUCUGUCUGGGUUCAAGGGUUUCUUGCACUUCUGUGAUGACCUGCUGGAAGUUCUGAGGGCGUAUGAACAGGAGCAGUUUGAGGACUGGUCAAGGGACAUACUGUCUGGAGUGGCUGACCCAAAGUCAGGGAUCAGUCUUCAGGCCAGUAACCGUGUGGUGGACCUGGACAAUGUAGAUGGCAGGCUGAAGAUCCAGUACUCGGACAGGCUUGUCAGUCUGCUCAGGGAGGUCAGGCAGCUUUCUGCUUUAGGCUUUCCCAUCCCAGCUAAGAUACAGCAGGCUGCUAACACAGCAGACAAAUUCUACAGACAAGCCAUUAUCCUGAAACAGGUGGCCCAUUUCUACAACACUAUUGACCAGCAGAUGAUUCCCUCUCAGAGGCCUAUGAUGUUGAGUCUUGCGCUGGCUUUUGAACAGGUCAUCAAGAAUCCUCGUUCCCAGUCAAAGGAAUCAGGGGGUAAAUUGCAGAUUACCUGGGAUAACCCCAAAGAGUUAGAGGUUUAUAUCACCAAGCUGCAAACAGCUGCUGAGAAGCUUUCCACCGAGAACAGGAAGUUACGAAAAUGGCACACAGACUUCGUUGACAAGGUGGUGACACUAAUGAAUGUUGAUCUUCUGAGGCAUCAGCAGCGGUGGAAGGACGGCCUUCAGGAGCUCCGUACUGGCUUUGCUGCUCUCGAGGCUCAGGGCUUCAGGCCUGAUGACAUGCAGGCUUGGCGUCAGCACUGGAACCAUCAGCUAUACAAGGCUCUAGAGCACCAGUAUCAGACGGGGCUGGAAGCUCUGAACAAGAACUUGCCUGAAAUACACAUAGACCUCGUUUUCAAGCAGGGGCGUUUACAGUUCCGUCCACCAUUUGAGGAGGUUCGAGCGCGAUAUUUCAGAGAGAUGAAGCGUUUCAUCUCAAUCCCAAACCAGUUCAAAGGGGUCAGCAUCCAGGGGGAGGAGCUUAUCUUCAACGUCAUGAUUGAUAGAAACGCCUCUGGCUUCCUAACCAUUUUCAGCAAGGCUGAGGACCUCUUUAGCCGCCUACAAGCUGUACAAGACAAGUUCAAGGAGUGGGUGGUACUGGGCCAGGUGGACUUAGAGAAAUUAGUAGAGAAGCAUCUGACUUCUGUCCAGGACUGGGAGAGAAAUUUCAAGGCAUUGAAAGCCAGAGGGAAAGAUUCAGAGCGUCUACCCAGUGAGGAAAAAGUAGAUUGUAUUACAGUCAACUGUGAGCCUGUAAAAACCAUCAUUGAUGACCUGAUCCAAAGGUUGUUUGACAUGCUGCUCCUGUCACUCAGGAAGUCCAUACAAGGCCACACACAUGCAAUAGAUAGCUUUGUGUCAGAAUCAAUGGAGGCCCUGUCCACACGACCAGAAAGCAUGGAAGAAAUUGGCACGGCCAAAGGCACAUAUAGCCAGAUAUUCGGCCGCAAGCCUGAAAUCCUGCCUCAGUUCCAGAGUGCUGAGGAGAAAAACCGCCUGCUGCGUGCUGUGGCUGGAGCUGGUUUGGACUCUCUGUCCUCCUUGAGGGCCAAAUGGGACAAACUAGAGCUUGUCCUGGAAAGCCACCAGCUCAUGAUCAAAGACCAGGUUGAGGUAAUGCGAAGUCAUGCUACAGGUCAUAUUAGCGCCUACAGGACAGAUCUGGAGCGAUUUAAGGCACGCUGGGAUCAGUUUAAACCAAAAGAUGAGGUCCUUGAGACUGGUGAUCAUGCUGCCCUGCUUGGGUGUCUUCAGACCAUCAAAGACAAGCAGCAGGAGUUCCAGGAGCUAGAGCUUGUUCGUAACAAACUGCUUGAGGACUGCACUUAUUUUGAUCUGGAGCCCCCAGAUUUCUCUCUGGCAGAAGAGACCAAAAGAGACAUGGAGGAGUGCAGCCAGAUGUGGGGUCUGUAUGAGGAGUGGCAGCAAGGCUUCACAGAGAAGGCUCAGGAGGACUGGAUCACAUUCAGGAGUAAGACAUAUCUAUUUGAGGAGUUUUUGCUUACGUGGCAGGACAGAUUAAGGAAACUAGAGCAACCUACUGCCAUGUCUGUUAAACUACAAGGAGAGGUGGACAAAUACAAGAACAUGCUGCCUGUGCUGAAGUACGUACGUGGGGAAAACCUGUCGCAGGACCAUUGGCUUGACAUGUUCCGUUUGUUGGGUCUUCCUCGAGGGACGACCUUAGAAAGACUUACCUUUAACGAUCUUCUUAGUGUGGCAAAUACCAUCACAGAGAGGGCACUGGAGCUCAAGGAUCUGAACAGUCGUGCUCAGGCAGAGGUGACAAUCAGAGAAGCUCUUAGAGAGCUGGAUUUGUGGGGAGCUGCAGCUGUUUUCACCCUCACUGAGUACACAGACAGCAGUGGGCGGACCCUUACCCUCAUCAAGGACUGGAAGGACAUUGUCAACCAGGUGGGAGAUAACCACUGUCUGCUGCAGUCUCUGAAAGACUCACCCUACUAUCGCAGCUUCCAGGACAAGGUCAGUCUAUGGGAGGUUCGUCUGUCAGACUUAGAUGAGUACCUGCUUAGUCUGAAUGCCAUUCAGAGGCGCUGGGUUUAUCUGGAACCCAUUUUUGGACGAGGAGCGUUACCUCGAGAGGAGGCCCGGUUCAAACGGGUUGAUGAAGACUUUAGGUGUAUAAUGUCAGAUAUCCAGAGAGACAACAGAGUUGUUUCUCUGAGCUCAAGAGCUGGCAUCAGAAACUCCCUGGUUACCAUACUAGAUCAGCUGCAACGCUGCCAAAAGUCACUCAACGAGUUCUUGGAGGAGAAGCGCUCUGCCUUCCCACGGUUUUACUUUAUAGGAGAUGAUGAUCUUUUAGAGAUUCUGGGGCAAGCAACCAACCCAAGCGUCAUCCAGUCGCACCUCAAAAAACUCUUUGCAGGAAUCCACAGUGUUGUUUUUGAUGAACAGUGCCAGCACAUCAUCGCCAUGUGUUCUUUGGAGGGAGAAGUAGUGCAGCUCAGAAAUGUUGUGCGCAUCUCCAGCCUUGUCGAGGGGUGGUUAAGUGAGCUGUCUGCUGAAAUGAAGGACACUUUGAAGCACCUGUUAUAUGAAUGUCUGUUGGUGGGGAGGAAAGGAGAGGUAGACCCGUCACGCUACCCAUCACAGAUUUUGUGUCUUGCUGACCAAAUCCAGUUUACUGAAGAUGUGGAAAGAGCUAUAAAAGAACAAAACUUGCAGCAGCUGGAGCUAGAGCUUAAUAGUAAACUGGAGCACUACACCACUGUGGACACCAGCUCUGACGACCAUCCUAACACAGAGUCCAGCAUCCUACAGCUGAAACUGAAGGCCUUGAUCCUGGAUAUCAUCCACAACAUCAGUGUGGUGAAGCAGCUUAACCAGACAGGUGUUACCAGUACAGAUGACUGGGCCUGGAGGAAACAGCUCCGCUUCUACAUGGGACCAGACAAAUGCUGCCAUAUACAUAUGGUGGAUGCACAAUUCAGCUAUACUUAUGAGUACCAGGGGAAUGCGGCAAAGCUGGUGCACACUCCGCUGACUGAUAAGUGCUACCUGACUCUGACCCAGGCCAUGAAGAUGGGUCUUGGUGGGAACCCCUAUGGGCCCGCUGGCACAGGCAAGACCGAGUCAGUCAAAGCUUUAGGGGGCCUCUUCGGGCGUCAGGUGUUGGUGUUCAACUGUGAUGAGGGUAUCGAUGUGAAGUCAAUGGGACGAAUUUUUGUAGGGCUGGUGAAGUGCGGCGCUUGGGGCUGCUUUGAUGAGUUUAACCGUUUAGAAGAAGCGGUUCUGUCUGCAGUUUCCAUGCAGAUUCAGGCCAUUCAAGACUCCCUUAAACAUCACAAAAACACAUGUGAACUGCUGGGAAAAGAGGUGGAAUUGGACCCAAACUCUGGAGUGUUCAUCACUUUGAACCCAGCAGGAAAGGGCUACGGAGGCAGGCAGAAGCUUCCAGACAAUCUGAAGCAGCUGUUCAGACCGGUGGCCAUGAGCAGGCCAGACAAUGAGCUCAUUGCUGAAGUUAUCCUCUACUCAGAGGGGUUUAAAAAUGGAGAGAUCCUGGGCCGAAAAUUGGUUGCAAUUUUCAACCUGGCCAGGGAGUUGUUGACACCCCAGCAGCACUAUGACUGGGGUCUACGUGCUCUGAAGACUGUUCUAAAGGCCUGUGGCAGUCUCCUGCAGCAACAGAGGAAAACUCUCAACAAGGAGAAGAUCCAGGAGAGUAGUCUGGUGGUGCAAGCAUUGAGACUGAACACCAUGUCCAAGCUGACGUUUGCAGACAGCUCUCGGUUCGAUGCUCUGGUCAGAGAUGUCUUCUCUGGGAUUAAUUUCACUGACGUAGAGGACCAGAUACUAAUGCACGCAUUAGAGCAAGUCUACAAGGAGGCACAACUUGAACUUAUACCAAGCCAGCUGAAGAAGGCAUUGGAGCUGAACGAACAGCUAAGACAGCGUAUGGGUGUUGUUAUAGUUGGGCCAAGUGGAGCAGGAAAGUCUACACUCUGGAGCAUGCUCAGGGCUGCUCUCAGCAAGACAGGCAAAGUGGUCAAGCAGUACACGAUGAAUCCAAAGGCCAUGCCCAGACAGCAGCUUUUGGGACAUAUAGACAUGGACACCAGAGAAUGGGCUGACGGCGUUCUCACACACAGUGCCAGGGCUGUGGUCAGAGAACCACAAGAGGUUAACUCCUGGAUUGUAUGCGAUGGAGACAUUGACCCAGAGUGGGUUGAAAGUCUGAACUCUGUCCUCGAUGAUAAUCGGUUGUUAACCAUGCCUAGUGGAGAACGCAUCCAGUUUGGACCCAAUGUGAACUUCCUUUUUGAGACUCAUGACCUCAGCUGUGCCUCACCAGCCACCAUAUCCCGCAUGGGUAUGAUUUUUCUCAGUGAUGAAGAUAUUGAUGUGGGAGCGUUGGUAAAGUCAUGGUUGAAGGGCCAGCCAGAGGAGUGUCGUAGUAACCUAGAGAACUGGUUGGGAGACUACUUCCAAAGAGCUCUGGACUGGGCCCUAAAACAGAAUGAUUUUGUGGUGGAAACUAGUCUGGUGGGCACAGUGUUCAAUUCUCUGUCACAUCUCAAUGCUGUGAGUGAGAGAGGACAGUUUGUUGUUGGUCUUCUGAGAGGCAUGGGAGGAAAUCUCAAUCUCAAAACAAGACAAGAGUUUGCUAAGGAGUUGCUUAGCUGGGCCAGAGAAAGUCCACCAGAUGCCAGAAAACCACUUGAUACAUACUAUGAUUCUGAGAACUGCCAUCUUGCAGCCUAUACCUUCCAGCGUCCUGAGGGUCUUAUGCUGGAACAGUUCUCUCACACACAUAUGCUGCCUGUAAUAGAGACUCCAGGCAUGCAGAGAGGUCUGCAUGCUUUCUCCCCAUGGCUCACAGCUCAGCACAGGCAGCCCUUCAUGGUGGUAGGGCCUGAGGGAUGCGGAAAAGGCAUGCUCCUGCGCUACGCCUUCUCUCGGCUGCGUUCUACCCAAGUUGCUGUGGUUCACUGCAGUGCCCAGACCUCAUCUCGCCAUGUCCUGCAGAAGCUCAGCCAGACGUGUCUGCUGCUUAGCUCAAACACUGGCAGGGUGUUCAGACCCAAGGACUGUGAAAACCUUGUCCUUUACUUGAAAGACAUCAACCUGCCCAAACCAGACAAAUGGGGGACCAGCAACCUUACUGCCUUUCUGCAACAGGUGUUGACAUAUAAAGGAUUCUAUGAUGAAAAUCUAGAGUGGGUGAGCCUUGAGAACAUUCAGGUAGUGGCCUCCAUGUCAACUGGGGGUUCUGUUGGCAGCCAUUCACUCACCUCCCGCUUCACUUCUAUUGUACGCAUCUGCACCAUAGACUAUCCAGACAGAGAGCAGCUGCAAAACAUCUACUCAGCUUACCUGCAGCCAGUUCUCCACCAUAGUCUUGGAAGCCAGGCAACCUGGGCCACCACAGGGAAAACACACCAGCUGGCAGGAUCUCUUGUGCAACUUUAUGAACAGGUUAAAGCUAAGUUUACAGUGGAUGACCACAGCCACUACCUGUUCACUCCCUGUAUCCUCACAGAAUGGGUCCUCAGCCUUCUGAGAUAUGACCUCACUGCAGCUCAAUCUAAUUUGACAGACAGCGUGUUGGAGGUGGUAGCAUACGAAGCCAGGAGGCUGUUCAGAGACCGACUGGUUUCCUCUAAAGACCUUCACACCUUUGAUAACAUCCUCUCCUCCAUCAUACGGGGAGACUGGGGCUCUGAUGCUCUGGACAACAUGACUGAUGGUUUCUUUGUGACCUGGGGAGCCUCUGAAGGGGCUGUGGUGGCUCCAGGCCAGCCUCUGCCUCCGCAUGGUAAACAGCUGGGUCGCCUGGAUUCUGCUGAUUUAAAACAAGUUAUACAGAAGGGAGUAGUUCUGUACAGCCGUGAUAACAAAGAGCUGGACCUUAUCCUGUUCUGGGAAGUGUGUGACUUUGUGUCCAGGGUGGAUCGGGUUCUGAGCCGGCCUGGUGGCUCUCUGCUUCUGGCUGGUCGGAGUGGAGUGGGUCGGCACACAGCCACAUGCCUGGUGUCACACAUGCAUGGAUACACGUUGUUCACGCCCAAAAUCUCCCGUGGUUAUAGCCUCAAGAAUUUCAGCAAUGAUCUCAAGAUGGUGAUGCAAAUGGCCGGUCUGGAUGGUCAACAGGUAGUUUUACUGUUGGAGGAUUAUCAGUUUGUCCACCCUGCUUUUUUGGAGAUGGUGAACAGCCUGCUGUCAUCAGGUGAAGUUCCAGGUCUGUACACCCCAGAGGAACUUGAGCCUCUGCUUUUGCCCCUCAAAGAUGCUGCUUCCCAGGAUGGAUUUACAGGACCACUCUACAACUACUUUUCCUUCAGAAUCCAGCAGAACCUUCACAUCAUCCUGAUCAUGGACUGCUCUAAUUCUAACUUCACCAUCAACUGUGAGAGCAACCCGGCUUUUUACCGCAAGUGUUCUGUCCAGUGGAUGGAAGGAUGGUCUGAGAGCAGCAUGAAAAAGAUUCCUGAGCUCCUGUUAGCAAAAACAGAAGGAGGAGAGGAGAGCGAAAGAAGAAAGGUAUCAAAUAGGAAAAGCACAGGUUCUGAGCAAGGAGACUUGUCCCAUUUGUUCCUAAUGGUCCAUGAGUCAUGUAGAGAACAUGGUGCAACACCAAGUCAGUACAUGGCCUUUCUGCAUGUAUACACAACCUUAUACAGCCGGAAGCAAAGCCAGCUUACAACAAGGCAACAGCAUCUACAGGCAGGUGUGUCUAAGCUAAAUGAAGCUAAAGCACUGGUUGAUGAUUUGAAGAGGCGGGCUGCAGAGCAGAGUGCACUACUGAAGACUAAACAGCAGGAGGCAGAUGCUGCCCUGCAGGAAAUCACCAUCUCCAUGCAGAAUGCCAGUGACCAGAAGACAGAAAUGGAAAAAAUAAAAGAGAAGAUGGCUCAAGAAGUGUCUAAGAUUGAAGAGAGAAAAGCCAAAAUAGAAGAUGAGUUGAAGGAAGUACAGCCUUUGGUAGAUGAAGCAAAGCGUGCAGUUGGAAACAUCAAGCCUGAAGCUCUCUCUGAGAUCCGCUCCCUCCGCAUGCCCCCUGAUGUCAUUAGAGACAUCCUGGAAGGGGUCCUGAGACUGAUGGGCAUCUUUGACACCACCUGGGUCAGCAUGAAGAGCUUUCUGGCUAAGCGUGGUGUCAGGGAGGACAUAGCCACAUUUGAAGCAAGGAACAUCACUCCUGAGAUACGCCAGAGUGUAGAAGAGCUGCUCAACAGGAACAAGGCCUCCUUCGACCCUAAGAGUGCAAAGCGUGCCAGUGCUGCAGCUGCUCCUCUGGCUGCCUGGGUCAAAGCCAAUGUCCAGUACUCCUUCGUCCUAGAGAGAAUAGAGCCUCUGGAGAGGGAGCAAGCUGGACUACUGGAAAACCUUAGAAAGACAGAGAGUAGGAAGAACAAACUGGAGGAUCAGCUCAACAAUGUUGGAGCCAAAGUCAACAAGCUGAAAGAGAAGUUUCAGUGCCAUACAGCAGAGGCUGCUAAGUUAGAGUCUGAGGUCACGAAAGCUCAGGAUACGAUCACUGCAGCCCAGCAGCUCAUAUCACAACUGGAUGGAGAACACACACGUUGGAAUGCUCAGAUGUCUGAGAUAAAGAACGAGUUAGACACGCUCCCUAUCAGGGCCCUGCUUGCUGCAGCCUUCAUCACCUAUCUGUCUGCUGCAUCUGAAGACCGUAGAAAACACUGUCUGGAGACAUGGAUGGAUCAAUCAGUACUACAGAAGUUUGACUUGCGUUCGUUCUUGUGCUCGGAAAGUGAACAGCUUAUCUGGAAGAGUCAAGGGCUGCCAUCAGAUGACCUCUCUAUGGAGAAUGCACUGGUUAUACUACAGAGUGUCGCCUGUCCAUUCCUGAUUGACCCAUCAUCCCGAGCUACAGAGUGGUUAUCCACACAUCUCAAAGAACACAAAUUAGAAAUUAUCAACCAGCAGGAUAGCAACUUCCUGACUUCCCUGGAGCUGGCAGUGAGAUUUGGAAAAACACUAAUCAUCCAGGAGAUGGAUGGUGUUGAACCUGUUCUCUAUCCGCUGCUGAGGAGGGACCUCAUAGCACAGGGUCCUCGAUAUGUGGUUCAAAUAGGAGACAAGGUUAUUGAUUACAAUGAGGACUUCCGUCUAUUCCUGGCAACACGGAAUCCCAAUCCCUACAUCCCUCCUGACGCUGCCUCUGUGGUUACAGAGGUCAACUUCACUACCACCAGGGCAGGGUUGCGAGGACAGCUGCUAGCUUUGACCAUCCAGCAAGAGAAGCCAGAAUUGGAGACAGAGAAAACAAGAUUACUGCAACAAGAAGAGGACAAGAAGAUACAGUUGGCUCAGCUGGAAGAAUCUCUAUUAGAGACUUUGGCCACAGCUCAGGGUAAUAUACUGGAGAACAGGGAGCUGAUAGACAGUCUGAACCAGACCAAAGCCAGCAGCGCCCUGAUCCAGGAGUCGCUGGUGGAAUCACACAGACUGCAGGCAUCCUUGGACCAGGAGCGGGAUGCCUACCUACCUCUUGCAGAGAGUGCCAGCAAGAUGUAUUUCGUCAUCACAGACUUGUCAAAGAUCAACAAUAUGUACCGCUUCAGUCUCGCUUCUUUUCUGCGACUCUUCCAAAGGGCUCUUCAGGCCAAGAAGGAAGAAGAAAAUACUGAAGCCAGGAUUGCUGCUCUGGAGGCCAACUUGAAGAAUAUGGUGUAUGAAUAUGUUUGCCGGUCACUUUUCAAGGCUGACCAGCUGAUGUUUGCCAUGUACUUUGUGAAAGGCAUGUACCACCACCUCAUCCAGGAAAAUGAGUGGGAUGUCUUCACUGGAUCAAUUGUAGGAGACAUGUUUAAGAAAGAGGAGUUCCUAUCUUGGAUUGAUCAGGAAAGGCAUGGAGCAGUGGUCAUUUUAAAAGUUACAUUCCCAGCUCUCUACCAGACCCUGUGUUUGAGCAACUCAGACCUUUGGCUGUCCUUCUUGCAAAGCUCACAGUGUGAACAGGAAAUCCCAUCCUCCAUUGCCAAGAAGAUUAGUCUCUUCCAGCAGCUCUUAUUGGUUCAGGCAGUCAGACCCGACCGGCUGCAGAGCGCCAUGACUGCCUUUGCCUCCCGUGCCCUGGGUAUGAGAGAGCUCUCCCCACCUCCUCUGAAUCUGCGGCGUCUCUACACUGAAACAAUGGAGUGGGAGCCAGUGUUAAUCAUCAUCUCUCCAGGGGCAGACCCAUCCCAGGAGCUUGCAGAACUAGCAGCAGAGACUGUUGGCAGGGACAGCUAUCAUGAGAUCUCCAUGGGUCAGGGACAAGCUGAUGUGGCCUUAGCCACACUCCGAGAAUGUUCCCGAAAUGGAGAGUGGCUUUGCCUGAAAAAUCUUCAUCUUGUCACAGUCUGGCUACCCCUACUGGAAAAAGAACUAAAUGUGCUGCGACCCAAAGCAAGCUUCCGUCUCUGGCUGACAGCAGAAGUUCACCCCAAGUUUCCUCCCAUUUUGUUGCAGUCCAGCCUUAAGAUCACGUAUGAGGCUCCUCCAGGGCUGAAGAAGAAUCUGCUGAGAACAUACGAGUCCUGGUCUUCAGAGCAAAUCAGUAAAGGAGGCAGUUUGGCCAGAGCUCAAUCUCUUUUCUGCCUGGCUUGGUUCCAUGCCGUAUGUCAGGAGAGACGAAACUACAUCCCACAGGGCUGGACAAAGUUCUAUGAGUUUUCUUUGUCAGACCUCCGUGCUGGCUUUGAGAUCAUCGAUAGGCUUUUUGAAGGUGGUAAACUUUUCCAGUGGGAAUUUGUUCAUGGCCUGUUGGAGAGCGCCAUCUACGGUGGACGUAUAGACAACCCCUCUGACCUCCGCAUCUUGCGCUCCUACCUUGAGCAGUUCUUCUCAGCACGACUCCUGUCGUCCUCCCUUGCAGCCGGACAGAGGAAGAGCAAAGCAGGAACAUGUGUUUUUCCACCUCAAAUCAGCCUCCCAAACUCCUGCUCCAUAUUGGACUACUGCAGUGUAAUAGAAAAUCUCCCAGAGGAUGAUAGGCCUGCAUUUUUCGGUUUGCCCGCCAACAUAGAGAGAUCCUCGCAGAGAAUCAUCAGCUCCCAGGUAAUUUCCCAGCUGCGUCUCCUCAGCCGCUCAGUGGCAACAGGCUCUAAGUUUGACAGGGAUCUCUGGUCGAAUGGUCUUUCACCAAUCCUCAACUUAUGGAAAAAACUCAACCAGGGUUCUACUCUAAUCCAUCAGAAAGUAGAUCCACCUACAGAAAGUCACAAGUCACCAGUCUUGUCUUUUGUUGCUCUGGAGCAGUUCAAUGCUAUCCGUUUGGUCCAGAGCAUCCACCAGUCUCUGGCCGCGCUGAGCAAAGUCAUCAGAGGGACUCAGCUGUUAACCCCAGAGGUCCAGAAACUGGCGACUGCUCUGCUAAAUCAGGAGUGUCCUUUAACAUGGCAGAAUAAAUGGGAAGGACCAGAGGAGCCGAUGCAGUACCUUAGAGCCGUGGUAACUCGGGCUCUGGCCAUACAGAGUUGGGUGGAGCGUGCAAGUAGACAAGCUCUUCUUUCUGACAUCCUCGAUUUAUCAGAGCUCUUCCACCCCGAUACCUUCCUCAAUGCUUUGAGACAGGAAACAGCCAGGUCCAUGGGCUGUUCAAUGGAUAGUUUGGUGUUUGUCUCAUCAUGGAAAAGCCCCAUUGCCCAGGCCAAGCUACAAGUCAAGGUUGGAGGUCUCCAGUUGGAGGGUUGUCGUUUCGACGGCAACCAUCUAAGUGAAAACCAGCAUGAUUCUCCCAGUGUGUCCGCUGUCCCACCAUGCUACAUGGCCUGGAUACCACAGAGCUCUGCUGCUGACCCCACUGCAUCAGAUGAGAGUAUAUGGCUGCCGCUGUACACCAACUCAGAAAGAGCGAAGGUGGUCACACACGUCUCACUGCCCUGCAGAGCAAACUCCAACCAGUGGAUACAGGCUGGAGCUGCUCUCUUCCUCAAGCAGCAGUGAAAACUUGUCAUCUCUGGGAGGCCAAGCACAUACAGACUGUAACCACAAAUGCUUUAGUUGUUCUAAGUCAAUGCAGAUCUGAGUGUCUCGGGAUGAUGUGUUUGCAUCCCAAAAUGCACAGCCCUGAAAGUGCUUCUGGUUUAAGUGGUUUAACAUGUAGACCAGAUUUUUUAAAUCUCAGUGGACUUGUCACUGACUCUUUCAUUAUAAGCCACGUACAAGAAAAAAACAAAACAAACAAAAAAAAAAAACAGUAAGUUAGGGAAGAGAAAAAAAGACUUGUUAGCUCUUCUGCUGUUAGUCUCACACAACACUACUCUGCACAUCAUAUAGAUUUUAUAAAAUACUGUACAACUGUCAAAGCCUGGAGGUUUUCUGUACAGUUAUUCUGUUAACUGUGUGUAUAUUUUUUUUACUUAUUUAUGCAAAAUAAACGUUAAAUAAACA